GACAGUGAUGAUGAGGAAGAGGUGGUACAUGUGGAUCGAGACCAUUUCAUGGAUGAAUUCUUUGAACAGGUGGAGGAAAUCCGUGGCUGCAUUGAAAAGCUCUCAGAGGACGUGGAGCUGGUGAAGAAACAGCACAGUGCCAUCUUGGCUGCCCCCAACCCAGAUGAGAAAACUAAGCAGGAAUUGGAGGACCUCACAGCUGACAUCAAGAAGACGGCCAACAAGGUGCGCUCCAAGUUAAAAGCGAUUGAGCAGGGAAUUGAGCAGGAAGAAGUGCAGAACCGAUCCUCUGCUGACUUGAGAAUCCGGAAAACACAGCAUUCCACUCUAUCUCGCAAGUUUGUGGAGGUGAUGACAGAAUACAACACAACUCAGUCUAAAUAUCGAGAUCGAUGCAAAGAUCGUAUCCAGAGACAGCUGGAGAUAACUGGCAGGACAACAACCAAUGAAGAGUUAGAAGACAUGCUAGAGAGUGGAAAGUUGGCGAUUUUCACUGACGAUAUCAAAAUGGACUCACAGAUGACGAAGCAGGCCCUGAACGAGAUUGAAACCCGGCAUAAUGAGAUCAUCAAACUGGAAACGAGCAUUCGAGAGCUCCAUGACAUGUUUGUGGACAUGGCUAUGUUGGUCGAGAGUCAGGGUGAAAUGAUUGACCGCAUCGAGUACAAUGUUGAGCACUCUGUGGAUUAUGUGGAAAGAGCUGUCUCUGAUACCAAGAAAGCUGUAAAAUACCAGAGCAAGGCUCGAAGGAAGAAAAUAAUGAUUAUAAUUUGUUGUGUGGUUCUUGGUAUAGUACUGGCCUCCUCCAUCGGGGGCACUCUUGGGUUGUAA